AGUAAAAAUAAAAGUUGCUUAUGUUUGCUGUCAACCUUUUGUGCCGUCAAGUGUAGCGAAAAUCAUUUUCUUCGAAAAUUUAUUGCAGUCCAUGAGCCGAUAGUCAGUCGGUGGAUAUAGUCGGCGCACUUGCACAAUUUUGAGCGACAUUGGAAUUUCGUCAAGCCAGAAAUCAAAUAAAAAAUAUAAAAUACAAAAAACGCGAGAACAAAAAAUCAAAUAAAACGCAAAUGUCUGGGAACUUCGGCGUCGCGCUAAGAGAAUUUAUUUAAUUGCUUGUUUUUAUAAGCUAUAAAGUUGUGCGGAUUAAAAAUAGUCGCCGUAAAAUGGCUAAGACGCAAAGGGGAAGAGGAGCCAACGCAUUCGCAUAUUGACUGCAAUUGUUGCUAGUCACCCGCAUACAAUACAACAACAACAAGCGCAAUUGACAUUUACAAAUGUGUAAGUGUACGUUUUGUGAGCUUGAAAGCACACAUGUGAAGCAGACAACGAACAUAGUUGACAACAAACAAACACACAUUUGAAUGCACGCUCUGAUACAGCAACAAACACGAGUCGGGAAACGCGCGAUGUUCAAGACUUUGAUUUACGCAAUUUUCGUUCGCAAGAAAAGUACUUCCGCUGCCGACGGCAACAACAACAUACAAAUCAACACCAACGCCAACAUCAACAACAACAAUUGUAUCAUCGGCAACGCUAAUAUUAGCUUUGGCAUUCUUAUAGGCGUUGCCAUUGCAAUUUUAAACGCCAACAUUCGUUACGCGCCUGCACCGACAAUUGCCACUUAAGUGUAGAAUACGAGAAGUUCCAAUACACAUAAAUACGUUCGUCGAAGUUCAGCACCCCAAGGAAGUUGCAUACGGUUUGAUUUCGUUGCGACGCUUUUGUAUAAAAAAAUCAACUUGAUGUAUCAGCUGUGCCGAUUGUAUCAACGCACACACAAAGAUUUAACAAAAGUUCAUACAAAAUGGCGAUUAAUAACACCACCCGAUCGACGACGACUAGAGAGGCGCUACGAUAAACGUUACGAAGUGAGUGUCACCGUCAACGAGUGAUUUGAAAAAAUCUCGACGAAAAAGAAUUUUUAAAUUUAUAUACAAAUAUUAGCGCAGUUAUAUGCGAAAGUAGUGCGUAAAGGAAAGAAAAUAUUACCAGUGCUGGUGCAGUUCCAAAUAUUAGUAUAGUGUUGCAACAUACGCCUGCUACGUAAAUAUUUAGUAGUGUUACUAAAAGAAAGAGUGUGUUGAAUUAUCCCAAAAUUUAAUUGGUUAAAAAAUUAUUGAAUUAGAAAAGUGUAGCGCUAAGUUUUCGCUGGCUUUCGCUGUCAACCAGCCAUUAGUGUUAGUGUAAAAUACAGCAAAGAGUGAAAUUAGCACUUAAAAUCCUUUAAUAUUUCACCCAAAACAAAAACCAGUAAAUUUUUCCUCAUGUGGCAUCCACUUGCACGAGACCUGGCUACACUCUUACAAGAAGCAGUGCAAUACACACGCAACUUGGUUGUGUCUAAGAUGUGUUCCCGCAACAUUAAGAUCUCGUUGGUGCUGUUUCUUGUCUUGAUUCCACUUAUCACAGCUUUGCCACACAACAACCACAAUCUGUCAAAGCGAAGCAAUUUCUUCGACUUAGAGUGCAAAGGCAUCUUCAACAAAACAAUGUUCUUCCGCUUGGAUCGCAUUUGCGAAGACUGCUAUCAACUUUUCCGCGAGACAAGUAUACACCGACUAUGCAAGAAAAACUGCUUCGAUUCGAAAUGGUUUGGAGAAUGCCUGAAAGUGCUUUUAAUACCAACGGAAGAGAUUUCGAAAUUACAGCACUUUAUUAAAGUGAUUAACGGCUCUCCAAUAUCAUUCCCACAGUCGGUCCCAACAUAACUUUAGUUUAGAUGCAAAACUUUCCAAUUUCCAAUUAAUUUGUACUUAUUUAUUAUUGUAUUUUACGAUGGUUUAAGUUUCAUUUGAGUUUUAUGAUUUUCUGUUAUUUAUUACAUACAUAUGUAAUUAAUUAUGUUUAUGCUUAAAAUAUGCUUAAUUUAUUUUAAAUAACAAAACAGAAUCUUAAAAGCUAACUAAACAGAUAUAAAUGAAACUCACACCCACACAAACACACACACAUAUAUACAAUAGAAAAACGCAAAAAGAAACUUUGCAGAGAAGAGAAUGAAAUUCAAAAUAUUUAUAAACUUAUUUAUUCUAUAAGUAAAGUUAGUAACUUUAUAGAGAAGAGACAUAAGCAAAAGUGAAAAGUAAUGUAAACUAUAAACUCAAAGUUUUAGAAGUGGAAAAAGAAAAAAAAACUAAAGCAAAAAUUAAAUAUAACGGACUUGCAUAAAUACGCUUUUUGUAUUUGCACUAAGUAAAACGGAAAAUGUGGAGUCUAGAGAAAAAUUUUGCACAAAAACAUUCGACAAUCAAUAGAAAUACAACGCAGUACUGUAGAAUAACAGUAACAUUACACAAAUCUGUAGUUGAGCAGAGCGCCAAAUGCAAUUUUAUUCACCUUACAUAAAACUGUAGAAUAUCAAAGCUGCUUCUCUUAACUUUACAUAAAACUGUAAAAUAGCUUGAUUUCAACUGCAGUACUGUUGACUUUACAUAAAACUGUAAAAUAGCAUAAUUUCAACUGCAGUACUGUUAAAUACACAUAAAUCUGUAGCAUAACAGAUUUUCAAAGGCAGUUCUGUUAAGUUUACAUAAAACUGUAGUUUAACUGCAGUACUUCAAAUGCAGUACUGCUAACCUAAUUCCAACCUACGCAACAUCACUUUAAUAGCUUAAACGCAAGCAUAGAACAUGUCUCGGGAAUAUUAAAUACUAGAAAGUAUUGAUUUUGUAUUUAUAAAUAUAUUCGUACUUUUUUGAAUUUUUUUUAACCAAAAAUCACCAAGCAUAACUUUGAGUUUUUAAUUUACAUGUGUUUGUUAGUAUAUACAAGUGUAUAUGUAGGUAUAAAUGCAUGAAGAAAUGUUAAACUAUUAUUGUAGUAAGUGCUUUCCGAUAAGUAUUUAUCUAGAAAAAAUGUUAUUUUUAUAAAUUAAAAACAAAAAAAUAAAAACAAAUUCAACAAAAUAUUCCUUUAUACAUUUUGCAAUUUGUGAAAAGCACACAUAAAAAUCCAGUAUGAAAUUUUUCCAAACAUCAACAAAACUACAUACGAACACUUUCACAAAAAUAUUUAUCUCAGUGCAGGUACAUUCAGAAUGUACUGCUAAGACAGUUGAAGCACUUUUAAGAGUUUCUAAAUUUUUUAUAAAUAAAUACAUUUAUAUAGAAUAUACAUAUAAAUAUAUGCUAGAAUCGUUUACAAAAGCUAUGUACUAUAUUUAUAACAAAUUUAUAAAAAGAAAAACUGUGAAAAAAAUUUCAAAAUAUAUUAAAAUCAAAAAAAGAUGGCAUCAAGUUAUGGUAAUGAAACGUACAUACAUAUAUGUAUGUACAUACAUAGCGACUUACAUACAUAUGUACACCACACACCUAUAUGGCAUGUAUGUACAUAUGGUUAUGUAUGUGAAGGUUGAAGAAAUUUGUUAGCAAAUAUUUACUAAAAUUAUUGUGAUAAAGUAGUAGAACGACAAGCAUGCAUAAAUAUGUAGUAGAAAGUAUGUUGUAAGAAACGGCGAAAACGAUCGAGACGAACCACAGCAACAAUAACGCCGACCAAGCGCACAAGCAACUGGCGUAAGCUGGCUUUGGCAGCACCACAGCGCGAGGCCGAGUGGCGAAACCACAAAGAGGAGCGCGUUUUGUGCCUACAAC